GUCACAUCGUAUUGCAUUUUGUCCAAACUUUUACAUUUUUCUAACGUCUACACUUUCUAGAUUUCAUCCUUCAUGAUGAUUUUGGACUUCGUCCGGGACCACCCGAUCCUCUGUUUGCUCGCUGCCGGCUGCACUGCCUCGCUGGGGUACGUCUGGAUGACGAGAGAGCGCCCGCCUGCACCUGCACCAACCCCACCACCAACACCAAGCCCCUCCGUCAGCUCCUCGUCCAGCGACAGCCAAAUCUUCUAUUCUGCGAACGAGGAGCUGGACGACGUUUUGCCAGAGGUGCAGGUGCAGGGCCCCAGCGGGGACCAUUAAGACAAACAAGCUACAGAGACACAAUCACCCACGACCAUCUAGGGUAACAGUGCAGCCGGACAGUAAGGAGGAACAAACAGGCUAAACAGAAGAAAACAGAAGAAAAGAAAGGGCCAUUCCCUAAAGGCGCAGAACACGCGCAAAGAAGCAAAGAAAGGGGCCAUGCCCAAAAGGCGCAGAACACGCGCAAAGAAGAAAAGGAAGGGGCCAUUCCCAAAAGGCGCAGAACACGCGCAAAGAAGAAAAGAAAGGGGCCAUGCCCAAAAGGCGCAGAACACGCGCAAAGAAGAAAAGAAAGGGGCCAUGCCCAAAAGGCGCAGAACACGCGCAAAGAAGAAAAGAAAGGGGCAACAACAAGAAACUUAAAGAAACUCAGGUCCAAACACAGACAGGACAUAGAAACAUAGAAGGAUGAGUAAAGAAGUUAAAAACAAAGAACGGGGCAGCAACAAGUAACUAACCUAUAAAGCAAACAAGAUCAAUAAUUGACAAACCUCUGCAUUUUUUAUGUUGAAGAGUUACAUUUGAAAAAUAAACUCGAU